AUGGCGGCAGAAGUCAGGCCACUCCAACAAAUCAAGCUGCCCGCAGCCCCAUCACCCAUAACCGCCGAGCAGCGCUACUGGAAGACCUUCAAGAACCAAAAAUCCCACACCUCAACCGCGUCCUGGCCCGUCGCCCACAUCAGCUUCCCCUCCCCGUACAGCAACAGCACCUCAUCCUCCUCGUCCACCACCGCCGCCAAGAACAAUGACCUCUUCGCCGUCACCGCCGGCCCCCGCGUCGAUGUCUACAGCAUCCGCAAGCGCGAGCCCCUCAAGACCAUCGGCCGCUUCGACAGCGUCGCCCGCAGCGGUGAGAUCCGGUCCGACUCGCGCGUCCUCGUAGCCGGCGACGACAGCGGCAGGAUGCAGGUAUUUGACGUCGCGGGCGGCUCGAGGGCCGCCAUUCUCAAGACAUGGCACAUCCACAAGCAGCCCGUCUGGGUGACCAAGUGGUCGCCCACCGACCUGACCAUGCUGAUGAGCGCCUCGGACGACAAGACGGUGCGCCUGUGGGACCUGCCCAGCUCCGAGCCCACGCGCCAGUUCGUCGGCCACCAGGACUAUGUGCGCAGCGGCACUUUCAUGCCCGGCGGCCUGGGCGCCAGCAGCAACAUGCUCGUCACCGGAUCCUACGACUCCACCGUGCGGAUAUGGGACUCACGAGUGCCCACCGGCUCCGUCCUGACCUUCAAGCACGCCGCCCCGGUCGAGGAGGUCCUGCCCCUCCCAGGCGGCACCACCGUUCUCGCAGCAGCCGACAACGCCAUCUCCGUGCUGGACCUGGUAGCCGCCAAGCCACUGCGGGUCAUCACCAACCACCAAAAGACAGUCACAUCUCUCUGCCUCGCCUCCAACGGCAAGAGGGUCGUGUCGGGAGGAUUAGACGGGCACGUCAAGGUCUUCGAGACGGGGUCGUGGAACGUCGUCUCGGGGAUGAAAUACCCGUCACCAGUGCUCUCCCUCAACGUCAUCACCGCCGGCGCAAACGCCGCAGACCGACACCUGGCAGUAGGCAUGCAGUCGGGCGUGCUGUCCCUCAAGACCCGGCUCACGGGCUCCAACGCCGAGAAGGAGCGCGAGCGCGCACGAUUCGCGGCCGCCACUGAUCUCAGCCAACUCGACGACGCCAAGUCGGCCAAGCGCAAGCGCAAGGAGGCCAUGAACAAGUCGCUCUCCACCGUCCAGGACAACGUCGACUUUCUCAUCGACAACGACAACGCGUCCGGCAGGCGCAAGAAGGAGCAGCCCUGGCAGUCCGAUCUGCGCCACGGCAGGUACGCCGCGGCGCUGGACGGCGUCCUCGACACCUCGGCGCCCGACCACUCCAAGCUUAACGUGCUGACUCUGCUCGUGGCCCUGCGCCACCGCAGCGCCCUGCGGGCCGCCCUCGAGGGCCGCGACGAGGAGACGGUCGAGCCCGUGCUACACUGGAUAUGCAACCACAUCAUCGACCCACGGUACCGCGCUGCCUGCGUCGACGUCGGCCUGCACCUGCUUGACCUCUAUGCCGAGCACGUCGGCAGCAGCGAGGAGCUGGCCGCCGGCUUCAAGACCCUGAGGAAGAGGGUCGGACAGGAGGUCGAGAAGGCCCAGGUUGCCGCACAGACGGGCGGCAUGCUGGAGGCGUUGAUGAUCGCGGGCGAGUCCUAG